AUGGCGCGGAGACUGACAGAGGACAACACUGAGAUUAUUAGGGAUUGGGUACAAAUACAGGGGAAGGCUUCGAAAUGUCUUUUCCAGCGUUGUUUGACCGAGUCGCCGGACGAUAGCAGCUCCCUGGUGUACGUUGUCCACUAUGUCAACUCUUCGCGGACACAAAGCACGGAUAACGAUUGCGCUUUGGAUGCGCAACUUCUCAUGGACGAGUCGCUAGAAAACAUCCUGUCGCAACAGCCCAGCGACGAAGUCGUUACUGCCACUGCCGCUUUGACCAUCUCAGAUACGGGUACUCCACAAGAAGAUCAACCGGCUCAAGAACAUCAGAAUUCGAACCAAGACGCACUGCCAUUCAUACCUAAUCAAGACGUUCCCAGUUCGAUGUUACAGCCGAUCCAACUACGUCGACUGGAAUUGCCAACCUUUGACAGAGAUGUCACGAAGUUCUACGAUUUCUGGUGCAGAUUCAAGACUGCAGUACAUGACAACACCAAUCUCUUGUUGUCGACCAAGUUUAUUUACUUGACCAAUUCGUUGAAGGGCUAUGAUCCAUCGAAGCCAGAAAACUAUCAACUUGCUGUACAAGCGCUUCGUAGGCGAUGUGAUCGCCCUAAGUUCACUCACAACCUUUUCCAUCAGAAGUUGGAACAGCUGCCAGCGUCAAGUCAUUCAGCUUCAGUACAACGGGACACACUUUCCCAAAUUCAGUCCUUCAUUCUGCAACUCAAUCGUUACGAGGACACUACCACCUCGUUGGCACCUUUGAAGACGAUUUUGAAGAAGUUCCCUCGCGAAACGCAGUUGGAAGUUCACAAACUGGAACAUCAUUCAGGGAAAACAUGGACUUUACCAGAGCUUAUAGACGGUCUCAAUGAAGUUAUAGAAGAGUUGGAGAAGCUGGAAGAUUGCGCUAUUUCUACAUCUGGAUCCCAGCUCACUACCAACACCGUUUCCGUCGACAGCUCCCGAUCAUCAACACCGGAGCCACGAUACGACCUCUCGAUGUGCUCCUCGGAGAUAACCCCACUUACCACAGUCACCUUUGGAGGAAUACGUACAACGGAACACUCAGGGAUCACGGAUGUCACCCUCAUCGAUCAACAGAAUAAGAAACUCCAGCUUGUCCCCCGUACUAAGGACAAAAUUACGAUUCCAUGUCCCCCUAAGUCCCAUUUCCAUCAAAGGACGUCCAGUAGUGAUCUCAUAGAUCCUAUAUCACGUUUCGAUAAUUUAGACGUCAUUGGGGUCAACGAUAACCCAGAUCCUUCCUUUGACCGGGAAGAAGAUGCACAAGUGCUUCAACGUUUCCAAGAUACAGUACAAGAAAUCGAUGGACACCUCUAUGUGCAAUUCCCAUGGAGAAAAUCCCAUCCCAGGCUAGCUGACAACAAGCUCCUUGCUUUGAAGAGACUUGAAAGCCAGUACAGAUAA